UAUUGGUUACUUUCUCUGUCCUAUAUACUGUCUUAUAUUUUUUUCAAUCCUGCUAUAGCUUCUAUUCUGUGCAACAAAUCUCCCAACGUUCCAUUAUUCAGAGCAAGGCGGUAAAAAAUGGGUAGGUCUCCUUGCUGUGAGAAAGUUGGAUUGAAGAAAGGACCAUGGACUCCUGAGGAAGACCAAAAACUGAUUGCUUACAUUGAAGAAUUUGGUCAUGGAAGCUGGCGUGCAUUGCCUUCCAAAGCUGGACUUCAAAGAUGUGGAAAGAGCUGCAGACUGAGGUGGACUAACUACCUCCGACCUGACAUUAAAAGAGGAAAGUUCAGCCUGCAGGAAGAGCAAACCAUCAUCCAACUUCACGCCCUUCUUGGAAACAGAUGGUCAGCCAUAGCAGCUCAACUUCCAAGGAGAACAGACAACGAAAUAAAAAACUAUUGGAACACACAUCUCAAGAAAAGGCUAACAAGAAUGGGUAUAGACCCCACAACUCACAAGCCUAAAACAGACACACUCGGCUCUUCAUCGUCGGCUUCUCACUACUCCAAGGACUCGGCUAAUCUCAGCCACAUGGCUCAAUGGGAAAGUGCUCGUUUAGAAGCUGAAGCUAGACUCGUUAGAGAAACAAACAAGCUGAAAGUUCAAAAACAGCUGGAAUCCUCUACAGCGCAACCACCUGCACGCCUUUUUCUCAACAAAAUCACACCCAUCCAACCAUCACUUCCACCUUGUCUUGAUAUCCUUAAAGCAUGGCAAAGUUCAUGGUCCAAACCAAAAGAUGAAAACAGCAACAACAAAAUGCAUAGUAUGUAUGCUAUGAUGUUAUCCAAUGAUGAAAAUCUAGAAUCACCAACAUCCACUUUGAACUUCCCUGGAACAACCUUGCUUCCUCUUCCUCUUCCUGUCACUGUCCCUGUCCCCACCAUGACCACCAAUAACGUUGUUCCGUUCAAUCAAAAUAAUAAUUUAUUACUUCCUCUAACUGACACCACCAUUAAUAAUGAUGAGGAAGAGAUAUGGAAAAAUUUCAAUUUACCAAAACAGAACAUGAUGGAAGGUGGUGAUAAUGAUGACAACAAUAAUAUGUUGAACUUGCAGCAAGAUGAUGAUAUUAUGGCGGCUGUGGAAGCUUUUAGAUCUUCUUGUGGUGGAUUUGACAAUACUAUCCCCAUUUCUAGUACAACUAUUUCCACAAAUGUUGUUCUUGAGGGUGAGGAAAACUUGGCAAUGAUGAAUGGGGAAGGAAACAUUAUUUGCAACGUGAAUCUCGAAGAGAAUAAGCAUUAUUGGAAUAGUAUACUGGGAUUGGUCAGUGAUGAAAUGAGCAUGGUUCUAUAAUGAAGCUAUGAUUAGAUAAGAUAGGUAGCUAAGUGGUAGCUGUGGGCUAUAUAGUAUGACUUAAUUAGGAUAGUUCAAUGACUUCAUAAUAAUGCAAUGUCGGCUUUACUUAGACAAAAACAACACUUCCUCUUCUUUUGUAGUUGUUGUUUUAGGAAAACAAAAAAACAAUUCAUGUUGC